AUGGGGUUGACCAAGUUUUUGCUAGCCCUAUACAUCAUAGGUCUAACCCUAACUCAUGUCUCCUUAGCCGGAAACGACCAAAAAGACUUCGUCAAUGGACACAAUGCAGUUCGUGCCAAGGUUGGUGUUCCUCCAUUGAAAUGGAACAACACCCUUGCAGCCUAUGCUCGAAAGUAUGCUAAUACGAGGAUCGCAAAAUGCGAGUUGGAGCAUUCAAAUGGGCCGUAUGGAGAAUGUAUUGCUGAAGGUUUUGAAGAGUUAAAGGCUGCCGAUGCAGUGAAGUUGUGGGCAAGUGAGAAGCCAUACUAUGACCAUAAAUCAAACAAAUGUGUUCAUGGUGAGUGCAGGCACUACACUCAGCUUGUUUGGCGGGACACCAAGCGAAUUGGGUGUGCCACGGUGAAGUGCCACAAUGGCUGGAUGUUUGUCACUUGCAAUUACGAUCCUCCAGGAAAUUACGAGGGCGAGCGUCCAUACUAA